CCGCUCGCCCUGCUGUUGGCGGGGCUGGGCGGCGGCGGGGGUCCCGGUGGGCGCCAUGGUGCAGCUCUACAACCUGCACCCGUUCGGGUCGCAGCGCGUCGUGCCGUGCCGCCAGGAGCCCGCGCUGUGCUGCUGCGGCGGCGGCGCCCUGCUGGUGGCCUGCGCCGCGCCCGGCUGCAAGGUGGAGGCGUUCGCAGUGGGCGCCCGCGAGCGCUGCGACCCGCUCGGCUCCUUCAACACCCUGGGCCGCGUGCUGCGCAUGGCCUACAGCGAGGCGGGAGACUAUCUGGUAACAAUUGAGGAGAAAAACAAGGCUACCUCCCUGCGAGCUUAUGUGAACUGGAGAUGCAUGUCAGCUGGGAACUCUCGCGUAUGCGUCCGGAUGGUGGGUCACAAAGUGGAAGAGUCCUACAGUGCGCUUUCUAAAGAGCAGAUGUCCAUUGUGGAAAUGCCUCUUUCAGACCCUCCGCUCUGCAUCUCUUGUUGUCCUGUAAAUGGCGAUCUUCUUGUGGGCUGCAAAAAUAAACUGGUGAUGUUCUGUUUGAAAUACCUAGUGAUAAAUCCUGAUUUCAGUGUAUUGGACUUCGAACGCUCCUUAAUUUUGCACAUAGACGAUGUCAUCCCGGCAGAAAUUGCACUUUGUGCCGGGUAUGUAGCCAUAACAACAGAAUUGGAUGUUUUAAUCCUGAAGCUGAAAUCAGUUAAAAAAGGUGCAGAUGAUACUGAACUUUGUGCACACGAGAUCAAUGCACCAGAAAAGCUUGUGAAUGAAGGUAUAAAAGAUGAAGCCCCUUCAGCACUUUCUUCCCAGUUUGAAUCGGAUGACUUUGUCAUCUGUCAGAAGCCUACGGAACUGCUUGGGGAAGAAAGUAAACUGUGUGGGAUAUCUGUCACACUGGAAUCAACAAGGUUAAAUACUGAAGAUGCAGAACACUUCCAAGUGUGUUACAUCCUAUACCGACGAUUUACUCCAGAUUUGUCAUCUUUUGUCUUUUCUGUUGAAGAAACCAAGUUACAUUCUCUUCAGAUGCUGCCUAUGUACCAGACAGGAAGUUUCACAACGGACAACAGAAAAACUGCAGCCAAGAAAGAAUUGCUGAGUCUCUUCUGUUUUUUCUCUUUGCCUCAUGUUGGGUAUCUCUAUACAAUUGGGAAUUUAGUGGAAUUGCUCUCUACUUACCAGUAUUCAGAGAAAUCUGAGCAGGCAGUUCUAACCCCUCAAUUCCUCCACGUUAUUACAAGUAAUAGCCUGCAGUGUUUCACAGUCCGGUGCAGUGCAGCAGCAGCUCGUGAUGAGGACCCAUACAUUGAUACAACUGUGAAGGCUUGCCCACCUGUGUCUUUGGAUGUGUGUGCAUUAAGAAUGCAGCUUUUUAUAGGGCUGAAAGCCAUUUGUCACUUCAAAAACCAUAUAAUUAUUCUAACUAAGGCAGAUACUGAAGAUAUUACUGAAAGAAGGAGGCCUUCAAGAAGACUCCUUUCGAGAAAAACUGGUAGUGUCACACUCAAGGCACCUUCUGAGUCAGAAUCUGGCUGGAAUUUAUAUAUAGUGAACACUAUUUCAACUAUUCAACUUUACAAAGAAAUGGUAGACUACAGUAGGACAUAUGAAAACUCAAGAACUGAGAGUUGUAUCCAUCUUUUAAGCGAGGCUCAUUUAUUAGUCCGAGCAGCUCUAAUGGAUCCAGGUCUGAUAGAAUCAGAAGAGGAGGAGGAGCUCCUGGCAUCAUUCAAAGAAAGUUGUGCUCUCCUAGGAGACUGUUAUAGCAGGUUUGACACAAAGGAUUACCAUCUAUCCCUGCCUUACUACAAAAUGUCUGAUUUAUCCAUGACUGAAAUUUUGAAGAGAGUGGACUCGGAAGAGGACAGAGCACAAAAAUAUGAAAAAGGAUUUAUUUUUUACUUAAAUCAUUCUCUUUAUGAAGAAUUAAAUGAAGAAUUAAGUAAGGAAUCAGCUGCAAAAGUGCUUCAAAUAUUUCAUCUUGCUGAACCAAAUCAGCUACCUCAUGUCCUCUGUAGUCCUUGCAUGAAGAAUGUAUGUCCAUCAACGGCCAUGGAAUAUCUGCAGAAAGUGGAAAGAAUUGUGCCAACAUUGGUGGUGACGCUAACAAAAGCUGCCAUGGCUCUGAAAAUGGGAGACCUGGAGGCAUAUAAACAUGAGAUGGAUCGCUAUACAGAGACCAAGCUGGCUUAUGGCUUUAUUGCGGAACCAAGACUUCUAAGGCAGCAAAGAAGAGGACAAGUUAUUCCAACUGAACUUGCUCUUCACUUGAAGGAGACACAACGUGGAUUGUUGGUGGCUUCAGUGUUGGCUUUAUAUGAGAACAGUAAAAUUGAACUGGAAGAAGCAAAUGCUUAUUUCAAGAUGCUGUGUGGUAAGAAUGAUGAUUCUGUCCCUCAGCUCUUAGUAGACUUCUGGGAAGCCCUUGUAGUAUGCUCUCAGGGAGAAGUUCUCCAAGAACUCUUGCUGAAGCUUAUUUCACAGUAUGUUUGGAGAUUAUCAGGGAUGCAAUAUCCUGAUACCGUGCCAUUGAAAACAGCAGAGGAUCUGAUAAACUCCUCUGAUCACUAUGGGUUAAUUUUCCCUUGGGUGAUAUUUAUGAUGUCACUGGGACCUCAAUCUGAUGAGGUUUAUCCAGAAGAUCUUUCAAAAUUACAGUCUCUUUUAUGUGGUCCAUCAGUUAAUGCAACUUCAGUUCUACCUUUCUUGGAGCCACUAUUGGAAGACAGUAAUGCUGGCCUCAGUAUACAUGUCCUUUGCACUACACGUAUGGGAGAGUGUGAAAAAUCCAUUGACAAACUACUAGAGAGGUGUCCUGAAGCAGUCAUUUCUUAUGCCCAGCAUGAGCUGAAAGAUGAAAAUCGGGCUCUGUGGUGGACAAAACUGCUUCCUGACCUCUGUAAACGAACCAGAUGUCCUGGAGAGGACUAUUCCAUCCUCAUUUCAGCCCUGAAAGAAACUUUAUCAGUUGUUGCCAUGGAAUUGGAAUUAAAGGAUUUCCUUAAUGUUCUACCAGAGGAUGGGACUGCAGCUUUUUUCCUGCCUCAUCUUCUUCAGUGCAGCCAAAGGAAACUGGUAACCUAGAGGCAACUAGAAGCUUUGCUACACUUAAAUACCAGGAGAGCAACAGAGUAAAUAUGCAAAAAACUGCAAGUGGAACUAUCCAGAAAAAUAUUUUAGAUUCAACCUAGCUGCAAACAUCUAAAGUAGUGGUAGAAAUAUAACAUAAGGCUACAAUGUACUUAUAAUGAUGCGGUUACAAUCAAAACUCAAGACAGCAUCAGUUUUGUAGAUGAAGAAAGACAUUUCCAAUGCUAAAACUUCAUUGAUGUCCGCAAACCUGUCUAUUAAGUAGAACUAAAUGUUGUGUUGACAUGUGAAAGCAUGAACAAUUAUUUGGGCAAAUAUCGGAUACAGCUUGGAAACUUCAAGGGGCAAGUUAUUUAUGGCCAAAGUGGUAAGAGAAAUGUUAUACUCACUAUCAGAGCUGCAAAACUCUGUAGUGUUCAUGUAAAAAUGAAGAAGAAUACAGCUGUUAGUCGUGGCUUUACCUAAUUAGACCCCAAUCACAAAGCAGUUAAACUUAUGAACGUGUAUAAGCAUGGAAGCAGUUCCUUGACUUGCUCUUCUGACUAGAAUUCUGUGGAAGGUCCAGUGUUUAGAAAUAUGUGUAUUCUUGUGUAGUGUCAUUUAAAUUUGAUUUGGAAAAACAAGUUGUAUUGAAUGCAUUGAUAGUUGACUGUAUUCAGCAACUGCAUAGAAAACGUCAAGAGAAGUAUUUUAAGUGGAGAUGAGAAACAUGCACUCUUCUGGCUUGUUUAAUAUUUCCCACUUUCCCUUUCAUCCUUUACAUUUGGUCUAUAAUGGACAACAAACAUCUUUUAAAAGACAAGAACUAGUUUCCUACUACUUUUAAUCUCCAUCACCAACCCAGCUGCUCAGCACAUCACCUUUUGUGUCUUAUAAAUAGAAAAUAUCCUGUGAUUCCUUCAACUGAGUUCUGGCUGAAGUAAAUACAUUUAUAUUAGCUGGUUACAAUUCAACUGGAAUAACUCACUUUUUUUAUGUAUAAACUAUUUUCUAAAGGUUUUCUGUGGUGACUAGAAGUGUGCUAUGUACACAGUAGUAUUCAAACUGUGAACACUUAAGCUAUGAACUAACUAUAAUCUGUAAACCACAAUAAAAAUGACUAUUUGAAUACCUAAAUAAAGUGGUUCUCAAGAA